UCUAUACCAUAUUGUUGAAAUCGAAAACAAAAAACAGAAAUUAAAUUGGAAAUUGGAAAAUGCCCACCACUCAAUCUCAAUCUAGCUACCAAGAUUUGCAAGCCAAAUAUGAAACACAGGAAACGCCAGAAUCAAUCAUCCUGCAUGUUCACAUUCCUGAUGGUUUCAAACGUGAGGAUAUUGGUGCUAAAAUUGAGUACGACUUGGGAAGGGUGAGAGUUCAUGGUGAUCGAUCACUUGGAAACAAUAAAAGGGCCCGUUUCAAUGUACUAUAUGAAGUUCCAGAAUAUUGUGACAUUAACAAGAUUAGGGGAAAGUAUGAUGGAAAAAGUGUCACCAUUACAAUAGCAACGAUUCCAGAGAAAGUCCCUACUAAACAAAAACCACAAGAAACAGAACCAAGCCAAGAAGAAGGUGCUCCUACACAUGAUGAUCAAGACAAAACCGUUGCUAGUGAUCAGGUUCCUAAAGAAGAGGCAACCCCACCAAAGGCCACACAAGAGUCUAUGCACCAAAAGGGUCAAGAGGGAGUUCCCCAAAAUGCCACCACCACCAAAGUUGAAAAUGAAAAACAAGUUGGUGAUCAUGAGACUUCAGCCACACCAAAGGACACACAAGAGUCUAAGCCUCAAAAGGGUCAGGAAGAAAUUCCCCCAAAGGAUCAAGUUACAAAAGUUGAAAGUGAAAAACAAGUUGGUGAUCAUGAGACUUCAGCCACACCAAAGGACACACAAGAGUCUAAGCCUCAAAAGGGUCAGGAAGAAAUUCCCCCAAAGGAUCAAGUUACAAAAGUUGAAAGUGAAAAACAAGUUGGUGAUCAUGAGACUUCAGCCACACCAAAGGACACACAAGAGUCCAAGUCUCAAAAGGGUCAAGAAGAAAUUCCCCCAAAAGAUGAAAUUACAAAAGUUGAAAGCAAAAAACAAGUUGAUCAUGAGGCUUCAAGUUCAACCCCACCAGAAGAAACAGUAGAGUCUAUGCCUCAAAAGGGUCAAGAAGCAAUUACCCCAAAAGCUACACUGGCAAAAGAUGCCAAACUUCAAGCAGAGGAAAAGUUUGAAGGGGAAACAGUUGAUGAAAAUGAGGAAAACCAAAAGGUUAUUGGAAAGAAUGAAACUGAAGACCAUUUGGAAUCAGGAAAGUCGCAUGAAAAGGGUGUGGUGGAUGAUUCCUCUGCCACUAAAAAGGAAGGAAAAGAAGAAAGUAAAGGAUUGGACACAUAUGAAGGAGAGAAAGGAAGGGAAAGAAAUGGAAAAAUUGUGAAUGAUGGUGUUGAAAAAAAGAGUGAGAAUAAAAAGGACAUUCAUGAAUCAACAACAAGGACAAGAAUUAAGGAAGUGGCUGCUUCUGCUUCUCAAGCUAUGACUAGUCUAGUUAAGAGGUUCAAUGAUGAAGAUAAUCAAAAGAUAAUAUACAUGGGUGCAGCAGUUCUUGUAGUGGCACUUGGAGUUUAUGCUACCUACAAGCUUCGUUCUCGUAGACCAUAGGAUAUUAAUGGCAUAUCUAUUCCCUUUCACACGGUUUCUUGUUACAAAAAUGUUUCCUUUCAAUAAAUAAGAUAUUGUGAAACAAAGUUUAUCAGCUUCAGAAGUUAUUUGUUCAGGGCUCUUUGUGUAUGCAAUUAUGUAGGUAUCAUGCUAACUGCUACUCAAAAGAUAAUGAAUAAGAGAGUUAGCAAUUUCAACUAAAUGCUUAGGAAUAACAUCAAUGCAAUAAAAAUCCCAGAA